AGGGUCCGUGAGGGUUUAUUAUUAGAUAGGGUCCUUUGGAUACACCCCCUUUAUAGUUGCCGCCUGUCCAGCCCAUUUAAAUACUCAAACCAUGUUUUCUGCCUAAGUCAGGAUGCAGGCGGACGCGGAUGUCCGCGAGUCUGCUUCGUCCACGCCGCAAAAAACAGCUAACGGCCUCGCGGACCAGCCGCAAAAGUUAAGUGGGUUUGGUGGACUUGUCCUGCCUGGCCUGCUAGGUACGUGUAGCCUGCUAGGUCCCGUUCGUUAGCAGCUGAUGGGGCACGCCGCUUUCGCCAUGGCCAAGCCGAUGUUGCUGCCCCUGCUCCACGCUCGCCAUCGCCCCUGCAUCUCGCUCCUCCCCGCUUGCGCUGCCUAUCCCCGGCAGCGCCGCCCCUCCUCCCUGCUCGUUGCCACUCCGUGGAGGAAGAUGCCGGGUGCUGCGGUGGACAGACACAAGAAUCCGGCGGCGGAGGAGGAAGAGGAAUCCGGUGUGGGAGGAUGAGGAAUACAAGAAUCCGGCGAGAAAGGAGAUGCCAAGCGUCUCAUUGGCCGGAGAUUUAGCGAUUCUACUGUCCAGAGUGAUAUUAAGCUGUGGUCCUUCAAGGUUGUUGCUGGGCCUGGUGACAAGCCCAUGAUUAAUGUCUGGUACAAAGGUGCGGAGAAGCAGUUUGCAGCGGAAGAGAUAUCUUCUAUGGUCCUCGUCAAGGUGCGUGAGAUUGCUGAAGCUUUCCUUGGCAGCACUGUGAAGAAUGCUGUUGUCACUGUACCUGCAUACUUCAAUGACUCACAGAGGCAGGCUACCAAGGAUGCUGGUGUCAUUGCUGGCAUCAAUGUCCUUCGUAUCAUCAAUGAGCCAACAGCUGCUGCCAUUGCUUAUAGUCUUGACAAGGAGGCCUCCAGUGGUGGUGCGAAGAAUGUCCUCGUCUUUGACCUUGGAGGUGGUACCUUUGAUGUCUCUCUUCUCACCAUUGAUAAGGGUAUAUUUGAGGUUAAGGCCACAGCGGGUGACACACAUCUUGGUGGCGAGGACUUCGACAACAGGAUGGUCAACCACUUCGUCCAGGAGUUAAAGAGGAAGAACAAGGACUUACAUGCCAACCCGAAAGCUCUUUGGAGACUGAGGACAUCCUGUGAGAGGGCAAAGAGGAUUCUCUCCUCUACUGUGCAGACCACCAUUGAGAUUGACUCGCUGUUUGAGGGCACUGACUUCCACUGCACCAUCACCCGGGCCAGGUUUGAGGAGAUGAACAUGGAUCUGUUCAGGAAGUGUAUGGAGCUUGUGGCAAAGUGUAUCAGGGAUGCAAAGAUGGACAAGAGCACCGUGCAUGAUGUUGUGAUCGUUGGUGGCUCCACUAGGAUUCCCAAAGUGCAGCAGCUUCUCCAGGACUUCUUCAAUGGCAAGGAGCUCUGCAAGAGGAUCAACCCUGAUGAGGCUGUUGCCUACGGGGCUGCUGUCCAGGCUGCCAUCGUGAGCGGAGAAGAGAACGAGAAGGUCCAGGACCUGCUGGAUGUCACUCCUCUUUCUCUUGGUCUGGAGACAGCCAGGGGUGUGAUGACAGUCUUGAUCCCAAGGAACACCACCAUCCCCACCAAGAAGGAGCAGGUCUUCUCCACAUACUCGGACGACCAGCCUGGUGUGCACAUCCAGGUGUAUGAGGGUGAGAGGACCAGGACCCGGGACAACAACCUUCUUGGCAAGUUCAAGUUGUUGGGCAUCCCUCCUGCACCCAUGGGAGUUCCCCAGAUCACGGUCUGCUUUGACAUUGAUGCCAAUGGUAUCCUGAGUGUGUCUGCCGAGGACAAGGCCACUGGGCAGAAGGACAAGAUCACCAUCACCAAAAAGGGCAGGUUGAGCAAGGAGGAGAUCGAGAAGAUGGUACAGGAGGCUGAGAUGUACAAGUCGGAGGAUGAGGAGCACAAGAAGAAGGUGGAGCCCAAGAUCGCCCUGGAGAACUACACGUACAGCAUGCGCCACAUCAUCAAGGACGAGAAGAUAGCCUCUGAGCUGCAGGCGGAUGACAAGAAGAAGAUCGUUGAAGCAAUUGAUGAUGUCAUCGAGUGGCUGUGCACGAACAAGCUCGCUAAUGCUGACGACUUCGAGGAGAAGAUGAAGAUGCUGGAGGCCGUGUGCAACCCCAUCAUCGGUAAGAUGUACCAGGGUGCUGGUGCCAAUGGACGAUGACACCCCAGCUGCGUCCGGCGGCUCUGGCCCCAAGAUCGAGGAGGUCGACUAAACAAGACAAUGAUCUGCUAAUUAUUAUAUCAUGUCAUUUCGUUAUCUGAGAUUUGAGGCUGUGGUGGUUACGGUGCACAUCCCACUUAAAACGUGUUAGGCUAACUUUUUAUUUGAAAUUGCUUAUGUGAGAGCCCAGCUGCGUCCGGCGGCUCUGGCCCCAAGAUCGAGGAGGUCGACAAAAAAGACUAGUCGAUGGUUACUUGUGUCAUAUCGUUAUCUGAGAUUUGAGGCUGUGGUGGUUAUUGUUUUGAUCCGAGCGGUCGGUGCCCAUCCCA